AUCAACGUGCGGGUGAGUGAAGGGCUGGGGUGUCGGCGGGGUGGCGGACGCUGAUAACGGCGGUCAUGGAGCUGCGGCGGACGGUGCAGCUCUGCCGUUUUCACUCCCUCCUGCUGCAGAGGAGGUGCCCGUGGCAGCUGCCCGCCCUGCACUGCAGUCAGGGGGCCAGCCCUCCGAUGUCACGCUGGUGCCAGUGCAGGAGGCUGCUGUGGAAGGUGCUGCAGGCUGUGGGGCUGGGGUUGACCCUGGUGGCCGGGAGGUACGUCCUGGCUGACGCCCAGGAGCGGAGGAAGACGUGGCUGCUGGUGGAGGGUGUCGGGCGCUUCCGCAGGUCCCUGACCCUGGGCGUGCGGAUCUCAUGGGAUUACUGGUGGACGGCCUCUGUGAAGCUGGAGGGCGUGGACGAGAACAGCUCAGAGUACAAGGAGGUGAUGUCAGCCUGUCACCAGCGGGCGGCCGACAGGCUGGUGCAGGGCGCCAUCCGCAACGGGGGCCUGUACAUCAAGCUGGGCCAGGGCCUGUGCGCCUUCAACCACCUCCUGCCGCCCGAGUACAUCAGCACCCUGCGCGUGCUGGAAGACCAGGCCCUCAAGAGGGGCUGCGGGGAGGUGGAUGAGUUGUUCCUGGAAGAUUUCAAAGCCACGGCCACCACGCUCUUCCAGGAGUUCGACUACCAGCCCAUGGCCGCGGGCAGCCUGGCCCAGGUGCACAAGGCCCGGCUCCCGGACGGCAAACUGGUGGCUGUGAAGGUGCAGUACAUCGACCUGAGGGACAGAUUCGAUGGGGACAUCCGCACGCUGGAGCUGCUGCUGCGCAUCAUCGAGUUCAUGCACCCCAGCUUUGGGUUCAGCUGGGUCCUGAAGGACCUGAAGGGGACGCUGGCCCAGGAGCUGGACUUCGAGAACGAGGGCCGGAACGCGGAGCGCUGUGCCCGGGACUUGCGCGACUUUCCCUACGUUGUGGUCCCCACUGUGCACUGGGACAAGUGCAGCAAGAGAGUCCUGACGACAGAUUACUGCGAAGGCUGUAAAAUCAACGAUGUGGAGAGCAUCAGGGCGCAGGGGCUGGACCUCAAAGACACCGCAGUCAAGCUGAUCCAGAUGUUUGCUGAGCAGAUCUUCUACACGGGCUUCAUCCAUGCGGACCCGCACCCUGGGAACGUGCUGGUGCGGAGGGGCCCCAAGGGGAAGGCCCAGCUGGUGCUGCUGGAUCACGGCCUCUACGAGUUCCUCAGCGAGAGGGACCGGACGGCACUGUGCAAGCUGUGGCGAGCCAUCAUCCUGCGGGAUGACACGGGCAUGAGGGCCUUCUCCGCCGAGCUGGGCGUGAAGGAUUAUUUCCUCUUCUGCGAGAUCCUGAUGCAGAGGCCCAUCCACAUGCGGCGGCUGAGGCUGGCUAACAUCCUGACGCGGGAGGAGACGCUCUACAUGCAGGCCAUGGCCCAGCACCACUUCGAUCGCAUCAUGCAGGUGCUCAAGGACCUGCCCCGGCCCAUGCUCCUCGUCUUCCGCAACAUCAACACGGUGCGCAGCAUCAACAUCGCCCUGGGCGCCCCCGUCGACCGCUACUUCAUCAUGGGCAAGAGCGCCCUGAGAGGCUGGAGCAGGCUCACUGGCCACAAAUCCUCUGGCAUCCGCAGCCUCUUCUGCUGGCUCUGGGUGAAGUGGGAGACCCUCAAGUUCGAGAUCGCCCUCAGGCACGAGACGUUCUCCAUGAGGCUGAUGGCCUCCCUCAUUCGCUUCCUCGCCUACGUGGGCUUCCUCUCCGAGAGUGACCAAAUCUACGAGUACCUCCAGGCCUAGCUGAGCCGCUGCGGAGACAGGCAGACCCAGGCCUGCUGCGGACUCGGGGGCUGGCUGGAUUGAAUGCCGCACAGCCCCUCAUCUUACCCUAAUAAAACGUGUAUGCCUGCGGGUG